AUGGCCCUCCACCCCCGCAGAGUUCGGCUGAAGCCCUGGCUGGUGGCCCAAGUGGAUAGUGGCCUGUACCCGGGGCUCAUCUGGCUACACAGGGACUCCAAACGCUUCCAGAUCCCCUGGAAACAUGCCACUCGGCACAGCCCCCAGCAAGAGGAGGAAAACACCAUUUUCAAGGCCUGGGCUGUGGAGACAGGGAAAUACCAGGAAGGGGUGGAUGACCCUGACCCAGCUAAAUGGAAGGCCCAGCUCCGCUGUGCUCUCAACAAGAGCAGAGAAUUCAACCUGAUGUAUGAUGGAACCAAGGAGGUGCCUAUGAACCCAGUGAAGAUAUAUCAAGUGUGUGACAUCCCCCAGCCCCAGGGCUCGAUCAUUAACCCAGGAUCCACUGGGUCUGCUCCUUGGGAUGAGAAAGACAAUGAUGUGGAUGAAGAAGAUGAGGAGGAUGAGCUGGACCAGUCACAGCACCACGUCCCCAUUCAGGACACCUUCCCCUUCCUGAACAUCAAUGGUUCUCCCAUAGCACCAGCCAGCGUGGGCAACUGCAGUGUGGGCAACUGCAGCCCUGAAGCAGUGUGGCCCAAAACGGAACCUCUGGAGAUGGAAGUGCCCCAGGCACCUGUACAGCCUUUCUACGGCUCUCCAGAGCUGUGGAUCAGCUCACUCCCAAUGACUGACCUGGACAUCAAGUUUCAGUACCGUGGGAAGGAGUAUGGGCAGACCAUGACCGUGAGCAACCCCCAAGGCUGCCGGCUCUUCUAUGGGGACCUGGGUCCCAUGCCUGACCAGGAGGAGCUCUUUGGUCCUAUCAGCCUGGAACAGGUCAAGUUCCCGGGGCCGGAGCACAUCACCAAUGAGAAGCAGAAGCUGUUCACCAGCAAGCUGCUAGACGUCAUGGAUAGAGGACUGAUUCUGGAGGUCAGCGGGCACGCCAUCUACGCCGUCAGGCUGUGCCAGUGCAAGGUGUACUGGUCUGGGCCAUGUGCCCCAUCACCUGUUGCCCCCAACCUGAUUGAGAGACAAAAGAAAGUCAAACUGUUUUGUCUGGAAACCUUCCUGAGUGAUCUCAUUGCCCACCAAAAAGGACAGAUAGAGAAGCAGCCACCAUUUGAAAUCUACUUAUGCUUUGGGGAAGAAUGGCCAGACGGGAAACCCCAGGAAAGGAAACUCAUCUUGGUUCAGGUCAUUCCAGUGGUGGCUCGGAUGAUCUACGAGAUGUUUUCUGGUGACUUCACACGAUCCUUUGACAGUGGCAGCGUCCGCCUGCAGAUCUCAACUCCAGACAUCAAGGAUAACAUCGUUGCUCAGCUGAAGCAGCUGUACCGCAUCCUGCAAACCCAGGAAAGCUGGCAGCCCAUGCAGCCCACCCCCAGCAUGCAACUGCCCCCUGCCCUGCCAGCUCAGUAA